AAGCCUUUGUUCCUUCUUCUUUUGUUGUGUUUCAAGUGCAAUAAAUACGCAAUUUAAUCAAUUAAUUUAGUCAAUAAGCUAUUCCAUUCGAUAAGUAUAUAUUGUGAUAAACAUCGCUCAUCCCUAAUUUGGCAGCUAGACAAUCACCCACCCACCCAACGACACCCACGAUAGCGGCUUUGCGGCUUAUUUUGAUAGCGCCGCGCAUUUUAACAUGGUUGACAUUAAUUUGGAGUGCGUGCAAUUGAUCGAGCCCCAGCCGGCGAAAUCGACGGAGAAACAGCAAGAGCAAUAUUUAGAGGCAGUGCGAAUAUUGCUCGUGCUGCUCGAGAAUGUGCUAAGUCAGCCAAAUAACCUGAAGUAUCGCACCAUUCGUGUGGAGAACAAGGCGAUCAAGGAAAAGCUGCUUUCGGUGGAGGGCAGUGAGCGAUUGCUGAACGCAAUUGGUUUCAAACGCUUGCCAAGCUCCAAUGAAUACACAUUGCCUACUGAGGUACCGUUACAGCAAAUACAAAAGUACAGAGACGUGCUAAGCAAAAGGCGAGAGGCGUGGCUGAAUGGUGCAAAGCAGCCAGUCCAGGCGACAACUACAAGAGAAAUGCCAGCUACGUGUGCUACGCCUUUGUUUAUACAACCUUCAGUGCCCUACAGACAACGUAUUACCUUUCCGCGCAUGCUACGCACUCCUAAUCGAUUCCUGCAGUCUUUGGAGCUCUACAGCGAUGCCGUUAUGCAGUAUGAGGAUGAGGCGUUGCUGGCCAGUGGACGAAGUCUGAUACCCAUCGAUGAGCUAACAAUGAAUGCCAGCAGCAAAUUAAUUGAAAUGCAGGAACUAAUUGCGGCUGGAAAAUGUAAAGAGAAGGAACCCUGCAUACGUGAUCUGCUGCUCGUUGAGCUGGUCAAUUGGUUCAAUACGGAGUUCUUCGAGUGGGUCAACAACAUACCAUGCCAAGUGUGCGGCAGUGAGGAUGGCAAACUACGUCGCACCCAAACCGAGGGCGAUGUGCGGGUCGAGGUCACAGUUUGCUGUGGCCAAGAGACCAAGUUCUAUCGCUACAAUGACAUCUCCCAGUUAUUGGUGUCGCGCAAGGGGCGCUGUGGCGAGUUUGCCAAUUGCUUUACAUUCCUGUGCAGAUGUCUGGACUACGAUGCCCGCUUAGUGCAUUCCCAUUUCGAUCAUGUGUGGACCGAAGUGUUUUCAGAGAAGCAAAUGCGCUGGCUGCAUGUCGAUCCCUCCGACAAUGUGGUCGACUCGCCACUUAUGUACCAGCACGGCUGGAAGCGCAAUAUCGACUACAUCUUUGGCUAUUCGCGCGAUGAUGCACAGGAUGUCACUUGGCGAUAUACGAACAAUCACCAGCAAAUAUUAAAGCAGCGCAAGCUGUGCUCGGAGAAGGAGCUCAUCGCAGCACUGAAUGUGAUUCGCGCCAAACGGCAGCAGUUCGCGAGCGAAGAACGCAAAAAAUUCCUCAGUCAACGCAACAUGUGCGAGGUCAUUGAAAUGACCGUGGAACGCACUCCUACCGAAAGCGAGCUCAAAGGCAGAAGUUCGGGCAGCUUGUCGUGGCGCCAGUCGCGUGGGGAGCACACGUUCACAGAUAUUUUUGUAUUUACGCCAAAUGACAGCGAGCGGGAACUGCGACAAUUCAAUUUGCGCUACAAUUGCGCCAGCGAUACGUACGAAAGAUAUACGAAAGAUGGCGAACAUUUCAAUAUACUCGAAACCUACAAGACUUGGCAAAGUGCGCAGUUUGCAUCGAAGAACAUUUUUCGCAAGGUCGAGAGAGAUUGGAAAAUGGCCUAUUUGGCCAGGCUAGAGGACACGGACAGCGCUGAAAUCAUUUGGAAAUUCAAUUUGAGCAAAUCUAAUCUUCGAGUGAAAUCCUAUAAGCUCACAUUCGAAACGAAAACCUUUGGAGACGGCAAAAUUGAUGUGAGCGUGGUGACGAGCGAUGGCAACAGAUGCAUUGAGAACGCCACAGAAUUCCAAAUUGUGGCCAAGCUAAGCGGUGGCAAAGGGGACGUGGCUUGGCAGCAUACACAGCUGUUUAGACAAAGCCUUAACUCCAGGGAAUAUCCUUUUGAUUUGCAAGUGGUAUUGCAUUAGCCAAAUGCCACAAUUCCAAAAUCAAGUGUAAAUAAA